AUGGCUCGAGCCGGAAGACGAUCCAGCAAUAAAUUUGCUGAUGAGAUUGACGCUAUAACUCCUUGUCCGCUCCCGACAAAUGCGAGCGCAACGUGCGCUGCUAUUGAUUCGCAUGUCAGUGCCGGCACCAUUGCGCGGCACUGCCGCUCAUCACCACCCAGCUCACCGGGAGGAAGCGGUACAGUCACGCCUGUCAGUGGCUUUGAGAGCAGGCGGAAUUCGAUCAAAACGCUCGAGGAAGGAACAGACGGCAAUCCGGAGCAGCUGUGGAAGCGCAUGUUGGCUCUGCAGCAACUGUAUGGCUGCUAUAAGUCUGCAAGAAUGAGUGCCGCUUUGGAACUAGGCGACGCCGGAUCUCUACUGCCAUCAAAGACAUGCUUGGACUUGAUGAAUGAGGACUUGCACGCUCUGCCGGGCGAUGUGGAGGCCGUAUUGAAAGAGUCGAGCCGGGCUCGAGAGCACAAGAUUGGGUCGAAACAUCACUGA